AAAUUGUAACCUUGUUCUGUAACGUCCACUUCUGUUCGCGACCUCAUCGACGAUGAAGCGAGAACGUCGUAGCUUUGACCUAGUAGAUGCCCUCACCGAUGGUGGGCAACAACGGUACUCUCUCAGAGGUGGCGCUGCAGUCUCCCAGUCCACCUCGACUCCACACACAUUAUCUGACAAGCUAUCAUCCACUCACCGCGAGGAACUGGAGAUCAUAUGGAACAGCGACAAACGUACCCCUUCUUUGGCUUCUCGUAAAGCUUGGUCUGUCGCUCGAGGUAUCGAUCACAAGGUUGUCAAUGGAUGGUUCUCACACAAACGCCAUCAUGCUGUCCACCGGUAUGGGCAGUCUGUCCCUAAGGGGACAUACGAGCUGCAUCCCGGCGCACCGAAAGGCCAGCAUCACAACACAGACAAGCUCACUAGAACACGGAAGGAGAGGGACCUCACGCAGCUGAAGAUUAAGCGCGAGCGUGCUUCCUCACCCGGCGUCGUUUCUCGCCCAAGCUCAACGGCACCCCCUCGCAACACAAGACCUAGGAAGAAGAUCAAGAUCGAGCCUGGAAUCCAGAUUAUCAAACAUACUCGAGCUCACGAGUCUGUUCCAAAUCCCCACUGUCUUACCUGCACUCAGAACUCCUUCCCAUCCAUUCGCUCGCCUGUCCAUGAAAGAGAUGAUCGGCUAUUUUCCCCUGCGACAUCUGCGCACCAUAGGACUCCAGAGCUCUCUCUUGGGCAUCGUUCUUCGGAUGUGGAUUACGAUGCUGACACGGAGACUCUCACCCCUUUACCGUCUGGGGACGAAGGGGAGGUUCAGAUUGCCGGUCAACCCUCUACUGUGUUCACUGCUGGAGCAUCCAAAGUCUCAUCUCUAGCUGCUUCCUCCGUUACUAGAACGACUUUGGACUUAUUGACUUCAUUUUCUGGACAAGAACUACUCUUUGUAGAUCCUGGUCGAAGCAAAAAUGGCGCAUACACUCAACCAAAACCCUCUCCACGCGAAUCUAAAGCAGUGAAAUUUGCCUCCUCAGUUUCACUUCUGGGUGACUUUGCCGCUUCGAAUCUACCCUCUGUCAAUCAUUCAGGGCCCUCGCUCUCUGGUUCACUCUCAACUCUUGAUCGAGUAAAACAAUCAUAUAAUCUCCCUCCUCGCCAGUUUCGGAAAAGUGCUUUAGUCAAUCAUUUGAAGCCCAUCACAGGCUCACUUCCUGUGUCCCUCAUACCUAAUCCUCAGGCUUUCCUUUCCCCUCCCUUUUCUGGACCGUCUGCUUCGACCGAUAAUACUCAAUCUUCUGCUUCUGCCGUCUUUGCCUCUGUUUCUACUCACAUGAAAAAUACUAACGCACGGUCUGUCCUUGAUAUUCCUGUGAAAUACCGAAGGCUGCACGCAUAUACCGACUUCGCUCAGAAUGCAAUUCGAAAUCUCCCUGAAGAUUCUACUUCACAUACCACAUUUGCUUGCAAUGUUUCCGUCGCUGCUCUCACUCAACCGGCGUCUUCCACUGUCGCUUCUAACGUCGCUUCAAAUUCGCUUCGCACUUCUGCUCUCGCCAAUUCUUGUGCUUUGAUUGCAAUGGAUACGCCUUCAACGUCUGUCGUUGAUGAUGUUAUGCCUCUUCCAUUACAUGAUCACGUCUCUACGAAAGCCUCUGAUGCCGAUCGUUCACUCCCUAUCCACACACCCGGCCUGCUAGCUUCGCCGUCUCGUUUCCGGGUUCGGGAUAAUGCGCCUCCAGCACAUGAAAUUGAAAUGAACGGUACCCCAGCAGUUGAAGCCACACUUGCUCUACUUCCCGUGAAGUGCGAACCCAUUGUUCUCCAGAUCCCAGUCAUACCAGCAGAAGUUAUUGAAGCUCCUCAUGCUACGGAUGUAGCCACCCCCGCCCACCCAACGUCUAGCUCUGCAGUGAAAAAGAUAGCUAUAAAGGUCGAAGUGCUAUCCGACUCGGAUGAUGGUACGAAGACGCCCGCUUCUUUGGAUCGAGGACAUCAUAAUGCCUUGUUUCGUAGAACCGCUUGUGGUUGUCAUGAACAAUCGGCGAGCCACGAAGGAGAAUAUACCAGCACCGCCUAGAAUUCCAAAGCUCGACGGGCUCCACCUUCAAAGCGGAAGAAAGCUAUUGUCAAGAAGGAGGGUGGGUUAACACGUCGCCGACCGAUCAGAAGAGUCUCUCGACGCAUCCUUCUCGAACCCUCUGCUAAGAAACGGGAUGCCAUGCCUAAAACUUCCGUUGUUCCCAAGCCUUGUAAGGUUUUUGCGUCUUCUCCUUCGAAGAACGGUGCCUUGAAGGCUAGACGCAUCGCUCUGAAAUCUCCAGUCACCCCAAAAAUCGCGAAUGGUGCCAUGAAGCCUCCACCUGUACCAGACACCCCUGUAAAGCCUAGGGACUGGCUGAUGCGUAUGAUGCCUGGAGGUGAUGGAAAUGAUUCCGACGAAGAGGACCUCGAAUCGUCCGAGAAGAUCCCGUCUCUGCUGGACGACAUACUGUCCUCCGUUACCCCCAUCAAACUGAAACGGACUAAACAGCCCCAGAAAUACAAUACAAGUAGCGAAACGCUUGUUGAAAGAGACCCAAGUACAUCUCUUCCUCCCUCUUCCGAGGGCGAAUCCUCGGAAAACUUUGCUACCGACAUCGAUAGCGAAGGUUGCAUUGUGCUCGACGAGAAAGAGACAAUCUUCCGCCCGCCUCGCCUCUGCACUUAUGACCGGUUCGGACUGGAUAUGUUCAAUAAUAUACCCUGGGACCCUGACUACGAUUCAAGUUCUCUCGUCUGGGAGUUGAGUGCCAUCCCUUGGCUGGCUUGUUCUGACGGAUCGGGACAUGGAGGAGUCUGAGGGGAGUUGAAGGAUCUUUUUUACUCAUGAGGACCUUCGAUUCAAACGUUAGAAGGUAGUCUUGUACCUGAACAAUUUUGCAAUGAGAGCUCCGUCUCUAACUAGCGAAAAGCGUUGUCCGUUCCUAAAGAUUAUUGACUGGACGUACAAUUGAAUAGACUGUAUACAAUUGACACAUACAGGAAUUAUGAGUGACGGUUUCAU